GGCAACCCGAGUCAUGUGACAAUCACGUGACACUGGAGUGGGGCCCAGCAGAGUGGCACCAACACACAGGAGAGACCCUUGGCUGUUCCCGGGGAUUCCCGACUCUGAUUGGCGGCUGGCGCGGUGACGCAAUGACGUUGCCGGGAGAAGAGACGCUCCUGCGGAUGGCCAGUUGAUAGAGAAUUGGAGACGCGUAGAUCACGCAGCUCCACAGGGGUGCAAUCGUGCUAUCUGGAGAGGUGACAUGCCUGUCCCAAAUUCGGCCACAUACGGUUUCCUUUAAACGCCGAAAUCAUUGUGGAACCCGAAGGCUGUUCUUACCUCGCCAAAUCGCUUAAGUUUAAACGAACUUGUUUUUUUUUUGGAAGCUUAUCCUGGCUUUCGCGAAGACUAAACGGCACUUGGUUAUAUAGCGCGCUGGAAGUGUUGAGAUGCUGUUUCCUGUGAUGCGAGAAAGGAAAUCUGGGGGACAGUUUGAAGAGCAGGAUGAUGGCACACGUCAGGUCGAGAAAGUGAAGAUCCUUCAAGCUUCUCCUGUAUAGGAUGCACAGAGCUGACAUCAGGCUGGCUUAAUUUAUCGACCGUGUCACAUUGACGUUUUCGAGCGAACUUGAAGCUGAGAUCCCGGAACGGCGCCGCCGCAGAGGUGAAGCUGGACCCGAGUCGCUCACAUCCCGACCUGCAGUGUGGAUGCGGGCUGUCUGGAUCUAGCGUGGCCAAGGGAGACCAGCUGUAAACUUCUUAUAAACGAGGGAUUUAAACAAUCGGAACACUUGCUCGCUCAUUUAAAUUAAAAACAUUGGUUUAGUCUUAUACUAGAUAUUUGACUCUGCAGAAUUGUUGAGUGUUGAAUUUCCUUGAAACGGGGACGUCUGUGAUCCGUGGUUAAAAAUUAACAAUACGGGAAUUGCAAGUAUCCACUACAAGGAGCUCCAUAGUUUGCGUGCCUUUUUAUUUAUGCAAUUUUAGUAGUCGAAUGUCCUUUAAGAUAAAGCAUUUUUUUGUGUUUUAAUCUUCAAAGGAUACUCAGGCGCUUUUGAACUUUUAAAAGGGUGCGUGUUGCAAAAGGCACGAGGUUGGUCUUACUUUAGACAAACCUGUGCUUUUGCGAAAAAGUUAGGUUUCCUCGCUGAAAUCCAAAUCCUGUCAGAUAAUUCUGUCCUUCGUUCUCGGAAGAAUUUAACCUUUUUACUAUGCAUUGGCUCCCUUCGCUUAGUAUUGAUGCAGCUCCCCUCUUCAAGAGCACUUAAAGAAUCGUCGCCAGUCAUCCUAGCGCUGCUCCUCUGAAGGAGGCAUCCGAAGCGAAAAGCCGCCCGCCAGCACGAUCCCUGUCCGAGGUGCUGCCCGCCAGGAGCGAUGUUUGCGGCAGUGGAACAUGGUCCCGUCCUCUGCAGCGACUCCAACGUCUUGUGCCUGUCCUGGAAGGGCCGGGUGCCCAAGAGCGAGAAGGAGAAACCGGUGUGCCGGAGGCGAUACUACGAGGAAGGGUGGCUUGCAACAGGCAACGGCAGAGGUGUGGUUGGAGUGACCUUCACCUCCAGUCACUGCAGGCGGGACAGGAGCACCCCGCAGAGAAUUAACUUCAAUUUAAGAGGCCACAACAGCGAGGUGGUACUGGUGCGAUGGAACGAGCCCUUUCAGAAACUGGCUACAUGCGACGCGGAUGGAGGAAUAUUCGUCUGGAUCCAGUACGAAGGCAGGUGGUCUGUGGAGCUCGUGAACGAUCGGGGUGCCCAGGUCAGUGACUUCACCUGGAGCCAUGAUGGGACCCAGGCCCUCAUCUCCUACAGGGAUGGCUUUGUGCUGGUUGGCUCAGUCAGCGGACAAAGACAUUGGUCCUCAGAGAUUAAUCUUGAGAGCCAGAUAACCUGUGGCAUAUGGACACCAGAUGACCAACAGGUGCUGUUCGGCACCGCGGACGGACAGGUGAUUGUGAUGGAUUGCCACGGGCGCAUGCUGGCCCACGUGCUGCUCCAUGAGUCCGAGGGCAUUGUGAGCAUGUCCUGGAACUACCCCAGCUUCCUGGUGGAGGACAGCAGCGAGAGCGACACGGACUCGGACGACUAUGCCCCGCCACAAGAUGGUCCAACUGUCUAUCCAAUUCCAGUACAGAACAUCAAACCUUUGCUAACCGUCAGCUUCACAUCUGGGGACAUCAGUUUAAUGAAUAACUAUGAUGACCUCUCACCUGCUGUGAUCCACUCAGGACUGAAGGACGUGGUUGUGCAGUGGUGCUCGCAGGGUGACCUCCUGGCUGUGGCUGGGGUUGAGAGGCACGGUAUGCCUGCAGAUCCAGGAUGUAUGCCCAGCAUGAGGAACGCACUGGUCAAGUUCUACAAUGUCUCUGGAGAGCAUAUCUACACCCUGGAGACCCCCGCCCAGCGGCCGAUCACUACUAUAUGCUGGGGGCACCGGGACUCGCGGCUCUUUCUGGCUUGCGGGCCGGCCCUAUACGUGGUCAGGGUGGAGCACCGGGUCGCCAGCCUGCAGCUCAUGUGCCAGCAGGCCGUUGCCAGUGCGCUGCGGGAAGAGAAGGACAUCAGCAAGCUGACUAUGCCAUCCCGCCUCUGCUCUUACCUCACCACGGCCUUCAUACCAACCAUCAAGCCUCCCAUCCCUGAUCCCAACAAUAUGCGCCAUUUUGUGAGCUACCCAACCCCUGGCAAUGAGAGGCUCCACUGCACCAUGAAGCGCACUGAAGACAAUCCUGAAGUCGGUGGGCCCUGCUACACCCUGUACUUGGAGUAUCUCGGCGGUCUAGUACCCAUCCUGAAAGGACGGCGCAUCAGCAAGCUGCGGCCUGAGUUUGUCAUCAUGGAUCCCAAAACUGAUGGCAAAGCAGAUGAGGUUUAUGGAAACAGCUUGAUUUCCUCUGUGAUCGACAGCUGUAACUGCUCUGACUCGAGCGACAUUGAGCUGAGUGAUGACUGGGUGGGAAAGAAAUCUCCAAAGAUCUCGAGAGGCAGCAAAUCACCUAAACUCCCAAGGAUUAAUAUUGAAGCUAGAAAAUCUCCUAAACUAUCCCGGGCUGCACAGGAGAUAUCCCGGUCACCACGGUUACCAAUCAGAAAACCUUCUGUUGGAUCUCCCAGCCUGGCUCGUAGAGAGUUUCCUUUAGAAGACAUCACUCAGCAUAAUUAUCUUGCUCAGGUCACUUCGAACAUUUGGGGAACGAAGUUUAAAAUCGUAGGACUCACGUCCUUUUUGCCAACUAGUCUUGGGUCAGUUGUUUACAAGACAAGUUUGCUGCAUCUCCAGCCCAGACAGAUGACCGUUUUCCUGCCAGAAGUGGUUAAAGUUUCCAUGGACUACAUCAACCUUCCUGUAUUCAACCCCAAUGUGUUCAGUGAAGAUGAAGAUGAUCUGCCAGUAACUGGACCUUCUGGUGUGCCCGAUGACAACCCCCCUUGCACGGUCAACAUUCCCAUUGCUCCAAUUCACAGCUCUGCUCAGGCCAUGUCCCCAACUCAGAGCAUUGGACUGGUUCAGUCCUUGCUGGCCAAUCAGAACGUGCAGCUUGACGUCCUGACCAAUCCCACCGCAGCAGCAGUAAAUGUAGCGGCGGCAGCGGCGGUUGCGGGAGUCUCAGAUCACGGCCAAGAAAGCAUGAUGACUAGCCAGUAUCCAGUGUCCAGCAGGUAUACUAAUCCAGGCCAGGUGAUCUUUGGAGGGUUGGAAAUGGGACGCCUCCUUGUUGGACCCCCUCCCUCCCAUCAUCAGCAGCAGCAGCCACCACAGAUGCAGAUGCCACAGCCUCCCAUACCUUCCAAUCCGCCCCAGAUUCCAGUGCACCAGCUGCCCCCUACAGUGAGCGAACACGGGUCAGAGAUCAGCCGAGAUCACGAGCACCUGCAGAAGGGCAAGCCGCUGCGGUCAAUCCCUCAGCUUGCGGAUGGGGAUGCGGUGGUCUUCAGUGCCCCGCUGGAGAUCCAGAUCAGUAAGAUGAACCCCCCUCCACCAUAUCCAGGAACAGUGGCGGCGGCCGCCGCAGCAGUGGCGGCGGCGGCGGCGGCGGCAGCAGCCUCUGCAGCCAACAGCAACAACCCCGCUGCUCCCCCUGUGGACCUCUGCCUGAAGAAGAACGAGUUCUCGCUUUACCCUCCAGCCCCUCAGUACCAGACCCCACUGGGCUAUGAGCGAAUUACUACCUUCGACAGUAGUGGAAACGUCGAGGAGGUCUGUCGACCGCGCACCCGGAUUGUCUGCAACCAGAACAUGUAUGCUCUGCAAGGCCCAGGCAGCUCUGCCACCCUAAGAGUCACUUCCUCCGAGAGCAAAAAGGUACAGCUUCCCUGUGCGUCAGCCACGCUCAACCGGCUCACGGUUCCACGUUACUCCAUACCUAGCGGUGACCCACCCCCUUACCCUGACCCUGCCAACCAGACAAGUUUGGGGAGGAAUCCUGGCCAACGCAUAGACAGCAGCCUCAUUCACGCCACUCUGCGGCGCAACAGCAGGGAGGCGGUCCUCAAGGUCUCCCAGAUGAUGGAUUCCCACAGGACUCUCCCAACCAAGUCGAAAGUUAACAGCGCAUUAGCUGCAUCUUACCAACAGAGAGUGUCGACCGCGCUGUACACCUGCAGCCAGUGCAGUAAUAACAGCAACAGCACUGCUGGAACUACAGGCGCUGGGGGCAGCGGCAGCAGUAACAGCAAUGGCAUUACGGGCGGGAGCAUUGUCCGUCAAGAUUUUGCAGCAGGCAGCGCUGCUCAACACAGCACGGUCAUUGUCCACUCCAAUAGCACCUCACCUCUGGCUUCCCAGUCGUCCUACAACUUGCUGAGUCCUCCGGACAACUGCAGGGACAGGACAGAGUACAUCAAUUCUGCCUUCACUGAGGAUGAGGCCCUUAACCAGCAGUGCCAGCUGGAAAAAUCUCUCCGGCACCUGACUCUUGGUGAGGUGGGUCUGGCUGUAAAGCGGCCGCCUCCCUAUCAGUGGGAUCCUGCAGCCACUGAAGAGAUCUGGGUCCCUCAGGAACGGACUCCACUGGGAGCCCCUCCUGGGACUCACAAGCCUCCUCCUCUUAUCCUUAACCCAGCCCAGCACUUAGAUGUGUCUCGGCUGCCAUUUGUCCUCUCAUCUAAAUCUCCCACCAGCCCAAAUGCCACUUUCCAGGCGGGUUACCAGAUUGCCUUACCCUUUCCUCCAGGAGCUGGUUACAGUGGACCCCAGCUUCAGGCCAUGCCGCCUCCUCCACAGCCCUGUUCACCUAAAGAAGUUGUGGCACCUGUCCCCUUCCCACAGCAAGAGCCCGCUAUGGUCCUUCCACCUGGUUAUCCAGCUAACCUGGCCAACUUGGCCUGCUGUCCACUGCCACCCAUGUACCCAGGCACUAGCUCAUGUGCUGGCCUUCAGCUGCCCCCCAUAGGCUUGCAUCCUUGGAACACUUACAGCCCUUGUCCACCUAUGCAGAACCCCUCAGGGACCCUGCCCACCAAAGCCCACCUGGUUGUGGAGAAACCAGUUCUUUCUCCUCCCCCUCCUCCUGCCGACCUUCAGAAUCACAUGACCUCCCCUGAGGCCAUGGACGAGGCAGGGGAAACCUUCCAGGAAGUGAACGAAAGCCCCAUUCCCCAGCGUGCUGACAAGUUUAGCAAAAAGAGCCGCAAGAGGUUAGACAGUCGGGCAGAGGAGGCCAACGUUCCAGCUAUCACAGAGGGCAAGGUGAAGAAGGAAGGCAGGGCUCUCGGCGACUUUAAUUCUCUGAUCUCCAGCCCUCGGCUUGGCCGAGAAAAGAAGAAGCCCAAGAGCCAGAAGGAGCAACUCAAAGCUAAGAAGCUGAACAAGACCAAUGAGUUCCAAGACAGUUCAGAAAGCGAGCCAGAGCUUUUCAUCAGUGGGGAUGAGCUCAUGAACCAGAGCCAGAGCAGCAAGAAGGGCUGGAAGAGCAAACGAAACCUUCGCACUGCAAGCGAGCUUGACGAGUUCAAAUGCCGCAAGGCCAAUGAGAAGGAGGACCGUGGUCUGGGCAGCGAGGACUUUGUCUAUAUUAUGGCCAAUAAGCAGCCUCUAUGGAACGAGGCUACUCAGGUCUAUCAGUUGGACUUUGGAGGACGAGUCACACAGGAGUCUGCAAAGAACUUUCAGAUUGAACUGGAAGGAAGACAGGUGAUGCAGUUUGGUAGGAUUGAUGGCAACGCUUACAUCCUGGACUUUCAGUACCCGUUCUCUGCAGUGCAGGCCUUCGCUGUGGCCCUGGCCAACGUCACCCAGCGCCUCAAGUGAAGAGUCUUGGCACCCAGCGGCCAAGGCAACGCUGCCACUCUUCUGAGGUCCUGAUAAGAGCCAAACAGAAACAGUUCAAGUUCAUUGUGCAUUAUAACAGAAUGAGCCAAGACGGCAGGAUUUCCAUGCCAUUUGCUGGCAUGUUCAAAAGCUGUAUUUCAAGUCCAGGACUCACAGAAAGGUGGUAACAACCCAGGUGUCAUCUCUGGGGAUGUGGGCUUAGCUUACUGUGGUUGGUCUGCAAUUAAUAUACUGCUCUAGCUUCCUAAAGCUAGUAGAAACAGACUGUCCUCUUUACAGACUGCCUUAUAUCCAUGUUUUUGUUUCCUAUUUAAAUUGUUACGUGGGUUUUUUUCAGUCCAGUUUUUAAACACAACAGAAAUACUUGAAAACUAUAUCUGGAAAAGUAAUAGCUAAUCCGCUAGAGCUUACAGGUACUACCGAGCACUGAAAUUAAUAUCUGUAAGAAGCUAAAGAGAAAUCUGAAGUAUUUAGAAGAAAUGAAUAGAUUUUUGGCUUUAUUAUAAAUCUUAUGCAUUUUGAACAAAAAGGUCAUAUUAAGUCUUUAAGUAUUUUGGCUCCACUAUUAAUAUUUGAAUUUGUUAGUGCCUAAUUUAGUGCUAAGUAUUGAGGAAGGCUACUGAACAGUUUGUAGGAUUUUUACUUUCUGAAUUUGAACAUGAAAGUGGAUUUCAUUCAUUAACGUUUUUAGUUUGGAUGUUCAUAGAAGUACUUGAAAAGAAAGAUGCAAAGUGUUAAACAUAUGUGAUAGCCUGCAGUUAGCAUUUUUAAAGUCAAUUUUUGCAUUUAGAUAGGAGGAACUUUUAACAAAUUACUCAUUGACUCCCAAUAGUUCUGUGCAUUAAAGUUCUUGUAGUACAAUUUAUGCGAACUAUUUAAAUGUAUAUAUUGUUUAAAUAUUAAUAUUCUUAUUGUUAUUAUUGAUCUUUAUAUUUAUGUAGCAUUACUCUGUCUUAGUACCUUGUUUACACAGAUUUUCAAAAGUGUAUUUCAUUUGGGAAUCAGGAGGCUAAAGUAUUUGUCCUAACAUUUAACAUUGACCUGAAUGGCCUUCUCUCAUUUACAAUCUUUCUUAUGUUCUUAAGAUGUUGUUUUGCUUUUGUGUUAUAACUUGUUGUGCAAUUGCGUUAGUUUCAAUUCACCUUUAAAAUGCUGAUCGGGAGGAGCCAUCACUUAUGGUGGGGGGGUUUUAAUUGUGAGAUUAACAGUAUUACUAGUUUCCACAUGUGAAGUUUUCAGCUCCUGUCACUUCUGUGAAGUGCUCAUACUCUUACCAAGGGGGUCUGUAAGCAAGGUACAGGAAGUAUUUUUGUAUGUUUCACUUUUGACAUUUCGUAUCUUUUUUUAAUUCUGUAAGCAUUUGUUACAUAUCAGUAAAUCAUUGUAAGGAUUACCAGUGUUUGGGGCUAGAGAUGCUUUCAUAAUUGACCGUACAUAAAUGUUUUAACCGAAGAAUGCAAUGGCACUUUUCAGAAGUGCACGUUAGAUCACACAUGAGCAUUUCAUCCUUUACUUGUAGAAGGAAACCGGAUGAACUGCACAGUGUUGUAAGUUGCAAUUAUUUAUCCUGGCAGUCCAGAGUGCACGUUAAGCUUGAUCAGCUCCGUAUAUGAGCAGACAUCUAGUGCCAGACAUGCAGCUGCCUGUUUUCUCCCUCCACAAACUGAAAAAUCUGUGACAUUGAAUAGUAGUAAGAUGGUCUGUCUACUUGAGGCAAAAUUAAGAAUGGAAAUGCACUCUUGUUGACAAGACUCACGUUUACAAAGGUUUCUUUUUAUAAAUAGGGGUUAUCAGUCAAACUGACUUUUGUAUUCAAUAACCUUAGCUAAAAUUGUCUGAGAUGCAGUCAUUAAUGCUGCAUUAAGUUAUGUCAUUCAAAGAGGGCGGAAAGAUUUAUUUCUAAUGUAUAAUAUUGAAGCUGAGAAGAAUCCUCUUUGCCUGCCAAAGGCAGGAAUCGUGUUGGCUACAUUAAAAAAAAAAGUUGUACUUCAGAAAUUGUAUUAUGUGCACAAAGAGCUCUGGGAGCUAUAAAUAGUUGUAUAGCCAUGUGUGUAAGAACUGUACAGUGUGUUUACCCUGAACUCUGCCCAUAAAUUCACGAAUGGUCAGCUGCUUCCUCCUACUGUUCAGUCCGGUUCACAAAACGGGAGACAUUGCUUUAUUUAGUUCUUUGCAGGCUUCAUUACACUGUGGGGAAAUGACACGUCGAAGUAAAGAUUGCAUUGGAAUGAAAAGCCUGAUAAGGGAGAGAUUUCCAGUGCCUCCAAGACCUAUAAACUACAUACUCAUCUGCACAAAUAUUGUUUUAGAAGGGGGUUAUAAAAUAUUUGCUUCCAUUUAUGAUUAGAAUCACCCACACGUUCGGAUCAUUUACCUUGUAGUUGACAUGUUUGGAAACGCAAUGAAAACUGAGGCUUUCCACAGCCCCCACAUGAGUUUGUAUUUAUUUUACUGCCAUGGUGUGCAUUGUGUAAAUGUAUUGCAGUGGAAGGAUUCUGUCCUUGGACAGUCUGCUUUGCCAGCAAUGUUUGCUCAUGGAUGUCAAAAUGCCGUUUGUGAGUGCUCUCCAGAUUUGCUCACCCUACAGUGCAGAGAUGGAUUGGUGAGCCGUACAAUAUCGACGGACAUUAGUCGAAUCAGCAAUGAUCUUAUCUGAUUUGUCUGGGCUCAGGGUUUUGCUUCAGGUAAGACAUGUCUCUGAGCUGUGUUACUUUGCUGUAAUUCUGAGCUAAAUUACUUUGCUGUAAUAAAUAACAGGUCACAUUGGCUAAGGAUCAGUCAGUGUGAUCUUGCAGGUUGAGUGUAACCUUUUCUUUCCUAGAAAAGAAUAUGGAUAGUUUUUAAUUCUGUUCUUUUUAUUUAUGCUUUCAUUGCCUGGCAUUGACAGUUUAGUUGUGCAAUAUUUUUAAAGGAAUUUUUUUCACACACAAUUUACAUUUUGUCAGUACCUUUAGACAGGUAAUAAGAAAAAUGGGCAGACACUUUAUCCAUCCUUAUGGUUGUUUCUAUACAGUUUAUUUAUACAAGAAUAUUUCUGAAACUUAAUCAAUUCAUUUUGGAUUUGAUGGGGGUUUCUUCUGUGUCAAAGAAAUAUGUGACCAGUUUAUUGUGAGGGGUUGAUGUUGGGUGUUAUGCAAGACUAACUUGUAAUGCAAAAGAAAGAAAUUAGUAAAUACAAUGUGAUUGAGCAUAGUAGUUUGUGUGGUAUCACAGGACUUGUCUGUAGAGUAAAUUCUGUUGGUGUUAUUUGUGAAAUCAACAGAUUUCAUCAGUGUUUCCAAGUUUUGUGUUUUAAUUAAUUUGUAAAGAUGCGUGUAUAUAUUAACAUAUACAUGCACAUUUGCCUUGUCAGCACGAAUGACAACCCCAGUUAGAGGCAAUACUUGCUUAUUAAGGUGAGUGUUUAUAAAAAAUAAUAGAAACAGCACUUUCGUUAGUUCUAGAUUAUUCCAUAUUUAUGGAAAAAAUGACAUCUUGCAUACUUUAGUACCAGUUAUAGUUUAAAUACCAUUGAAAACAAGCAACAAAGGCUCACCCAUCAUUUAGAGUUUGAUUCAGUGGUUUGUAUUGAAAAUUACAAUAUUUUGCUUCUUAUUUGUGCAGGUUUGGUUGAUGUACUAUAUAUAUAUGGUUGUCAAAAAAUACUUGAACCAAAAUGAGGACUUUCUUGUUUGACUUGGUUUCAGAACUUCUGCAAUCAAGGUUCGUGGUGAUAAGGCAUGGCUUUUUAGUUAUUUUUCUUAGUGUAAAUAGUUUUACAGUUUUAUACUUGUAUUUUCCUAACACUGUCAGAAAUGAAAAAAAAGAUCUUUGUUAACUGAGGAAAAAAAGCAUGGGUUUGCUUCUGCUCAAAAAGAAAGCAGUCACCUUAGUAUAUACUGGCAGGAGUUUGUGUUAUUUUUAUAAAUGCAUUGUUUCAUACCAUAGUUUUGAACAGACUUAAAAAGUCAUCCAGUUUAGUUUGUGGAUUGUUUCCCAAAACCAGUCAGACAGGUGAAUUAUGGUAGUCUUCUUCAGCCAGAUGUUUUUUUUUCUUGUAUAAGGCACUUGAAAGAUGCCACUGUUUGAAAUUGGGCCGACAAUGUUAAGGUUUGUGCUGACUUUUUGAUCUGUUUUUCAAUUUUUAACACCAUUUCUAACAAACUGGGACACUAAACUGCCCGAUUUGUUUCCUUACUUUAAUUUUGCAUUCUUUUUGUUCCCCCGGUUGUACAGCUGUUACCUUAAAUGAUACAAGUAUAAUUAUUGUAACUGGUUUUUGCCAGGUUUUGUAAGUACUGUAUUGACAUGGAAGUAACAUACUGCCCUGAUGUUAUUUUUAAUUAUUUUUUUUCUUAGAAGAAAAAAUGGAGUUGUGUGAGUUGUCCAGCUGUUGCUUAAUAAAAUUUGCAGACUG